UCCGUGUAUCCUUCUUCAAAUGAGACGCAUAUGUCACCUACUGGGGAUAUCUUCAAUGAGUUAACACCAUAAAAAACUAUUGAAAGAGGUUCAGAGAUUUUUUGGCUCCUAAACUCUGGAAAUCAAGUUUAGCUUGAGUUUUUCCAGAAUCAAAGUAGCCAGCAGGUGUGUACACUCUCUCAAGCUGCUGCAUGCAUGUCAACUUACAGGCCAAUCUUUUGCUUUUCUCGCAGGCUGCAUUUCAUCCUUGGUAUUGUUUUACAGUUUAGAUUCUUCACAGUAAAAGCAAAUAAGAGUAAGAAUGAUAGAAUCUGCUAUUGUCAUUUAGUCCUGGAUAUGAAUAGGUGCAUUUUAAUAAGUUUUUCAGCAAUCAAAGACAAUUUUAAUUGGCUCAAACCUUCCUGUUUUUCAAACUUUGAGUUUGUCAUCUACUAUAUGUGAUUAGGGAGAAUUUAAUUGUGUUUUCUUCCAAGAAACAGGCAGCUUCAUCAGUUUCUCAUUCCAAUCUUAAGAAUACUGGUACUGGUGAAAGAAAAAAUAGUAAGUUGCAGUACUAUAUUUGGAUAGACCUUUUGUGAGGAAUGCAUAAAUUGGAUACUAGAGAAUAGUCAUUUUGAAGUUCCAUUUUCUUUUUCCCCAUAUGCAUGUAACUCUUUGUUAGGUGGGCACGUGAACGUCUCAAUUCACUUAGAGCAAGUUCUUAUCUGAAAUUUUAGAAAGCCUGUCUUUUCAAUGUCCUCUUUCCCUUUCCUGUUGUUGGACUUUUUUAGUUACUAGGCAUAAGCCGUGAUUUCUCUUCAAAAUCAGCAUGGUUUUCAAACAUAAUCAAACUUCCUAAAUACAGUAGUAUUGUUGGAACCUUUUUCCUUCAUCUAUUUAUUUUGGCUCAGAAAGGCUUCUUAAAAUCUUUCUUGCUGCUAGAAGUUUUGAGAUUUUUCCUAAAAGAUUUAAAACAAAGUUUGGCAAUGGGAUUUCUGGAUAUGUUUGUUGUGGCACUGAUGCCAGUUCUAAAAGUAUUACUGGUAACUGCUGUGGGCUUGCUUCUUGCCAUGGAAAAAAUAGAUCUCUUGGGGCCAGAGGCAAGGAACUACUUGAACAAAAUUGUAUUCUAUGUGUUAAGUCCUUCUCUUUUGGUCAGCAACUUGGCCGACACUAUAACUUACAACAGUGUGGUUACUUUGUGGUUCAUGCCAUUGAAUAUUCUCCUAACAUUCAUUAUUGGCUCAGCUCUUGGUUUGGUUCUCAUAAAAAUCACUAAAACCCCUGAACACCUUCGAGGAAUUGUCAUUGGUUGUUGUUCUGCAGGAAACUUGGGAAACUUGCUUCUCAUUCUUGUUCCAGCCGUAUGUGAGCAGUCAAAUAGUCCAUUUGGAGAUUCAUCUACUUGCUCUACAAAUGCUGUGGCUUAUGCUUCACUAUCUAUGGCAGUAGCCGCCUUCUAUACUUGGUCAUAUUCGUAUGCUGUGGUGAGUGCUUAUGCUAUCAAGAGCCCGGAACACAAGUCUACCCAUUCUUCUGAAGAGGCCCCUGAUCCAUCUUCAGACAGUUGCACGGAAGCACUACUACCGUCGAGUUAUAGCCAAAUUUCUGAAGAAAGCUCAGUGCAAGUUGAAUUGCCUCUCACCAACUCUGGGGAAAGAACAAAGAUGUCAUUUUGGAAGAAGAUUGUUCAGUGUGUAAAGAGCAUUAUGAGCAAGAUCGACCUGAAGAUGGUGUUCGCACCAUCAACUAUUGCAGCGAUUAUUGGGUUUAUCUUCGGGAUAGUCUCUCCAAUCCGAAAAGUACUAAUUGAUGAUAGUGCCCCUCUUCAUGUAAUUUACACUUCUGCAGCUUUCAUAGGGGAGGCAGCCAUUCCCUGUAUGACCUUGAUAAUGGGGGCAAACCUUCUCAAAGGUCUAAAAAGAUCAGAAGUGAAUCUGUUAGUCAUUAUAGGGGUGGUAGCAGUGCGGAACAUUUUCUUGCCUCUCUUGGGGAUUGGUGUUACUAAAGCUGCAUAUCAUUUUGGAAUGGCUGGAUCAGAUUCCUUGUAUCAAUUUGUUCUUAUGCUUCAAUACGCUGUUCCUCCUGCAUUCAACGUGUAAUGACACAACUAUUUCAACGUGGUCAGGGUGAAACUUCUAUUAUUAUGCUAUGGACUUAUGCUGUAGCUUCAAUCUCCUUGACACUUUGGUCAACAUUGUUCAUGUCGCUUGUAGCAUGAUUUAUAAUUCAAAUUCCAUUACUCCAGCUUUUGCCACCAUAACACCACAAGUAUGUAACUUGAUUAUAGGCACAUUGGUUAAGUUUGCUUUGCUUCAAUUUCAUGAUUUUUGAAAGCUGUGCUUGAAGCUUUUUGUAGCUUUUUGUUUGAUGUAAAUCUUUCUAUUUCAUGUAAGAGAUUUGUAACUGAUGAAAUAUUGGUACUAAUUUCACAUUUAUUUAAUUUUCAA